GCAAAAAAUGUACGUAACGUGAUGUCAGGAAGAGAAAGUCUCUCAAAAGUUUUUUUAUUGAAAGAAAACAUCACUCCCUUAUCUAGUGUUUAACAUCAAACAUCACAUAUUCGUACGGUUUGUUAUUGUAAUUAUAAAAAACAUUUAAUCAUAUUUACGUAGGAGGUCGCUUUAAUCGGUAAAUAAGACAUUUGACAGCUGUUCGAGUUCAAUUGUUUUACGAAUAUAAAAAGUUUUCGUUGAGUUUCCUUGAAGAUGUUUUAGUAUGAUUUGAACGGAAAAGCACGGUGCGAAAGGUGUUUGAUCGUUUUAUUUAUGAAAAAACUUUAUCGUUGAGUUUUUUGUGGUGUGAUGGAUGGAAAAGUUUCGACGCAGCUGGGCGGACUUUCGCGAAAAUGAAGAAGAAAAAUGAACGAUGCAGAUAGCUUGCAGCCCACAUGGCGUUUGUGGGGCGAAGAGAAAGCAGAUGGAGCUCUCUAUACGGUUUACCUUAAGAAAGUACGUUAUCAUAGACCUACAAGAAGCCUUUCCUCUCCACACUCGGAUUCCGAUGAUGAAAUAUCACAUUUAGAAUGGGAAACAGUACGGGUGAGAUUCGUAAAAGCCGGCACUUUGAAAAAAUUAGUCGAAGCUUUAUCAACGGACGACGGAGAACUGGAAACCACCUACAUAAACGUGUUCUUGGCCACGUACAGGAGCUUCUCGACACCGAAAGAAGUGUUAAAAUUAUUACUACAACGGUACGAAGAACUUUCCGAGUCGCAAUCGGCCGCCACUGUAAAUGGAAAAGGAGAUCAUCACGAACAACACAAAAAGACUUUAAUAUCUGCACUUCACGUAUGGUUAGAUAGUUACCCAGAAGAUUUCAAAGAACCACCAAAUCAUCCAGCUUUACUUCAACUCGUUCACUUCUGCGAGGAGCAACUUCCAGCGACUGAAUUAGAAGCGAAAGUUCGUCACCGCUUGGAUAGAUAUAGCCGGGAACCUCGCGUCGAUCCAGUAUUAAAUCCACCACCUGCGUUUGCAAUGCGAAAAUUUUGCAAUGAAUCCAUCGUCUUAUGGAAAAGAUAUCGACUUCCAGAUGUUCCUGUAAGACAUUUCGCCGAACAACUAACUCGUAUGGAUGUGGAAUUAUUCAAAAAACUUGUACCACAUCAAUGUCUUGGAGCGGUUUGGUCUCGACGCGAUAAAUCUCGAUCACACGAAGCCGCAACCGUUUUAGCAACGGUGAAUCAAUUUAACGCGGUUUCUUUUCGUGUGAUUUCUUCGAUUUUGGUGGAGCCGGAUAUUAAAGCAUCGGAUCGGGCGCAAAUUAUUACUUGUUGGAUUGAUAUUGCUCAAGAAUUGAGAGUUUUAAAGAAUUUCUCGAGUUUAAAAGCGAUUAUAAGCGGGUUACAAAGUAAUCCGAUUUAUCGGUUGCAAAAAACUUGGCAAACGAUUAGUAAAGAAAAAAUUGAGUUGUUUGAUGAAUUAGCAAGGAUUUUUAGCGAAGAUAAUAAUCAAUGGACCCAAAGAGAGUUAUUGAUGAGAGAGGGUACUGCGAAAUUUGCUGAUACAGUCGGCGAAAAUGAUAAACAAUUACAGAAAGUUUUUCAAAAACAAAAUACUCACACUGCAAAUAUUUCUUUUGGGACUAUACCGUAUUUAGGAACUUUCUUAACCGAUUUAACGAUGAUUGAUACAGCUAUUCCAGAUACGAUUUCGGAUGGGUUGAUAAAUUUCGAUAAACGUAGAAAAGAAUUUGAAGUUUUAGCGCAGAUUAAGUUAUUGCAAGGAGCCGCUAAUGCUUACCAAUUAUCUGAGGAUGUUGUGUUCGAUUAUUGGUUUAAUUCCCUUUUGGUUUUAGAUGACAGGGAAUCUUACCAAUUAAGUUGUCAAAUUGAACCGUCGACAACAAACACUGUUAUUAAAAAUAAGAAAAAGACUGGUCAUCAAAAAAAUGAUUCCAUCGCCAGUAAUUCAAGCUCGAAUAGUUCACAAUUUUAUUGCGAAUUUGAUAGUAUGCCAAGUUCGCCUCAUAAUAGCAUUGAUAGAAAAUUAAGUCCAUCAUCACAAAUGUCCAAUUCAAGCAGCAGUUCUUCUUUGCCUUCUUUGGAUACUUCAUUAAAUAGUUCUCAUUCUGGGGGGAAUACUUCAACGUUAAAUAACAAUAAUGGAAAGUUACAAGUACCUUCUUUAAUGGUUGUAAAUAAUACAGGAACAUUAAGUAGUCCGAAUCAUUCGCAGAAAAGUAACCCCGAUUUUUAUAUUAUCAAGGUUACUUAUGAAACUGAUAGUGUUGAAACCGAUGGGAUUGUUUUGUAUAAAAGUAUUAUGUUGAGUAAUAACGAGCGGACCCCGCAAGUUAUUCGAAACGCGAUGUAUAAAUUAUGUUUGGAGGGAAGUCCGGAUGAGUAUACAUUAGCACAAGUUUUACCUGAUAAAGAAAUGAUUCUUCCACAAAACGCAAACGUUUACUAUGCAGUAAAUACAGCGCAUAAUCUCAAUUUUAUUUUGCGUCCAAAACGGGCGGAUGAACCUGAAACUAACGGAAAAACGUCCAAAUCUAAAACUAAACUUUAAAGCACUAAAAAAAAUUUUGGAAAUUGUACUGAUUAAAAUUUGAAAUUGAGGGAAAGUUGCAACAAAUAACAGCUGUGAUAAAAAAAAGAAAAGAAAACACAAAUGCUAUUUAAUAAAAUUGAUUAAUAAAAUUAAUUGAAAAAAAUUAAAGUGGAAACAAGAAGAAAAAAGCAUCACAAGCCUAUAAUUCUCAUUAAUAUUGUAUGUAUAGUGUAUGUAUGAUGUAUUAUAGUAUUAUUUACGAUAUUAACCAACUUUUUAUAUUUUAUUUAUUUUUUAAAUAUUUCAAAAAUGUUUUAAUUCUUACUAUGUUGCUACAUAAUGCUUUAAUUUACCCCUUAUAAGUUUAUUCUCAAUUGAUAUUAUUUAAGAAUCUCCCUUUUUUUAAUGAUUUAUGUAUUAUAUUAUUUUUGUAUAGAUUUUUACAUUUAUGUAUUUCUUUGUACAGAAAACAAUAUUAACUCAUUUUCUAUUUCAAAUUAAGGACCAAAUAUUAAACAAUUAAAGUAAACAAUAAUCGGAAAUGAGAAUUUAGUACAUCCAGUGAUAAUGACUUUUCAAAAUCUUUCCAAAACGAACAAAUCGUAAAUUAUUAUAGUUUAAGUCAUCAUCUAAGCUCAGUUUUUUUUUGUCACUAUUUAUAUGAAUUUGUUAAUUAAAUUAAUUAAUGUGAUGUGUCUGUAUGUUUGUAGUUGAUAAGUAAAAAUCUUUUUUGUGUUAGAGUUAUGUUGUAUUCGAUUUUGUGCAUAUUAGAAGAAAAUAAUGUAACGUUACCUGCCGAUAUGCCGAUUUUAUGCGAACCAAAAGAAAAACUAAAUUAUACUAUAAAAUUUAUAAAGGUCAAUUAUAUUAUAGACGAAGGUGUUCAACAAAAUAUUUCGGAAUUCAUACAUCUUUAUCUCAAUAUUUGAGAGCGAAUCUUGUUAGAUUCUAACGUUUCAUGUGUUUUGUCCUGUAGUUGUUUACUUUUUGUGAAAUGCUCUAAGUACUUAAAAUGGAAAUGAUUAGCGAAUUUUGAUGUACUUUUUUUUAUAAUAAAUCAUUAAUAAUAAUUAAUUAAAAAUG